GAGCGUGGUUUCGGGAAGGAGGCGGGCUCUUAGGUCAAACGCGAUACACUGUAAUGCUUAAACAUGUGGAUUUUACAGUGCCGUUAGUCAUGCUGUCGUUUAUUUUCUGAGCGGUUGUGUACAUAAAGACCUUUACAAACUUCAAUACUGGACUGACCCACUGUGUGAUGGUGUAACGUUAUAUGCCGUCCUCUAGUCUCGAAAUUCAUCAAUUCAUUGUAGGCUAGGUUGCACUCUCAAUGUGGAGGUUGCUUUCCAUCUUCUCGUCAACAAACUCUGGUCUCUGGUCAACAAACACAGACAGAGAUGCUGUGAUCAUAGUGACAAGGAGGAACUACUAGAGACGAGGAGAGGGAGGGAGGAGGUCACCAUGAAAGGCCUGAGUGGCUCCAGAUGCUGCUUCUACAUGGGUUUCUUAGUGGGAACCCUCAGCCUGUACUUCCUGCGCCAGGUGUGGUUCGAUAUGAGCAUGGAGCCCGCUGUGCUGGGAGAGGGCCAGGACAGCUCAGUAGCAGCGUUGUCGAAGGAGAGACAGGCUAGUGACAGUAAUAUCUGGAGGAUGGAAGGAGCAACCCUCAUCAACCUCAACCACCCACACCACACAGGUGAGGACAGUCACGUGGCAGAUGAGCUGUACCGGAAGGUGCGCAUCCUGUGCUGGGUGAUGACUGGUCCCAGUAACCUGCAGACCAAGGCCCGCCACGUAAAGGCCACCUGGAGCCGCCACUGCAACGUGGUGGUCUUCAUGAGCUCUAUCGACGACCCAGACUUCCCCACAGUGGGGCUCGGCACGGGGGAGGGCCGCGACCAGCUUUACUGGAAGACCAUCCGGGCCUUCCACUACGCCCUGGAGCAUCAUGGGAAUGAUGCCGACUGGUUCCUCAAGGCGGACGAUGACACCUUCGUAGUGGUGGACAACCUCCGCUGGGUCCUGUCCAAUCACACGCCCGAAGAGCCCCUCUACUUUGGCAAGCGCUUCAAGCCCUACGCAAAGCAGGGGUACAUGAGUGGCGGAGCAGGAUAUGUGUUGAGUAAAGAAGCUCUCAGGAGGUUCGUGGAGGGGUUCAAGACCAAGGUGUGUACCCAUACCACCUCUGUGGAGGACUUGGCUCUGGGACAGUGUCUGGAGAAGAUGGGUGUUCUGGCUAUGGACUCGAGGGAUACUCUGCAACGGGAGACGUUUCAUCCGUUUGUUCCCGAGCAUCAUCUGACAGGGAAGUUCUCCAAGAGCUUCUGGUACUGGAGCUACUGCUACUA